GCACACACACACUGAGAGACUCCACAGAGGAAAAAAAAAACAACAGCAGCUGCCAGUUCGGUGAUUCGCCCGUCGCGAUGGCAAUCUGGACAGUUUUCCUGUUUCUUGGGGUUUUGCUUGCUCCGGAAGGGGUAACACAUGGACAGCCAAUCCAGGCGCUCAUUAUUUGUCCCCCUCAAUGGUCUGCAUUUGGAAGAUGUUUCAAGUUUUUCAAAACUGAACUCAUGUGGACUGAGGCAGAGACUGAAUGCUUAAAGUAUGGUGGGAAUCUUGCUUCAGUGCGCAGCCUUCGAGAACAUUUACUUUUACAGCAACUCAUCAAACAAGCCACGGGCUCAUUCACUCGGGCCUGGCUAGGCGCCAGUGACUGUGUGACAGAAGGAACAUGGCUCUGGUCUGAUGGAUCCAAAAUGAGCUUCCAGAACUGGGGUCCUACUCAACCCAGUAACUACCUAGGAAAGGAAAACUGCCUUGAGAUAAACUAUGGAGAUACCUAUCAAUGGAAUGACGAUGCCUGUAAUGUUCGCAAGCCAUUCGUUUGUGAGGCACUGUCCCCCCGCCUCAGCUCAAUUUGAGCAAAUCCCCAGAAGAGGAAAAGGGGAAGAAUGAUCAACUAUGUUACAAUAAGAUUCAAUAAACAUUAAGCAAGUG